AUGGGGCAAACCUGUGGCCGGUUACAACCCACUCAUGCAGGCCUCGAGGCUGUCGACGGUCUCGCACCUGGGAGCUUCGACAACGAGACCAUGCUUGUCCUUGAGCGGGUAUUUAGCCUGGUAAACCGUCCAAUCCUGGCACGACUCAUUGAUGCAGCUGCUGCGGCACAGCCUGCUCCUUACGUCGGCGACGCCGACUCUGGUUCGAACAGUGACACGGUCGCCCUUCCCGGCAGGGGUAUCGCAAGUGAAGGACAUGCUGCCGUCCCACCCCUUGGUCCACGUGUAUCCCUUGUUGAAUCCGAUGUUGGCAGUGAUGUCCUCUGCAAACUUCCCGGCGAGGCCGAGAUCCAUGCCGACCGAAACCGUCUCCGAGAUCGACCACCCGACGGUGCGCGCGAUGUGGCACGGCAUCUGGUUGUUGAAGCAGUCCAUGCAGCCUCCGGGCAGAGGCGAGGGGCCGACCCAGUCCAGAGAGGUGCCGAGAAUCUCGCGCUUCUCGUAUUGUGCGUUCGGGCACGAGCCGGUGCCUUGACGCUUGGCGAGGAUCGCGUCGUGUGGCUGCACGAUCUCGUAGACCGUGUUGCCCUGACGCAUCGUAUCCCCCUUUUGAGCUGUCUCCAGCCACGAGUGUAG